AAGGUCCAGUGUUGGAGCAGCAGGGAUUCGGAGUGGCACAAGAAACCAUGGAUGGUGUGUUUAAGCUCUCCUCCACAGAAAGGAUACAGCUGUUGGAGAAGGAACUGGCUGGAAAGCUAAGCGAACUGAAGGCAGAUCUGGAAGAGCAGGAGCUCCUUCUGGGAACAGCUAACUGGACCUUCAGCUCCGUUCAAGUACCAAAGGAUGUCGCUUACUUUAGACGUGAACGGGAAGUGGCUCUGAAGGAAACGCUCCGGGUGGCGGAGUCCAAGCCCCUUGUUAUUCAGGCAGAUGUCCUGCAGAGGGAGCUAGAGAGCUGCCUAAGGAGAGAGUACACGCCGGAAAAUCUCCCUCUGCUUCUGCUGCAGUAUUACACAGAGAGAAUUACACACCUGGUCCAGUGUAAACAUUUGCACAUGCUGAGGUGGAAGCGACUCUGCCAGACCAGCCAGACCAUGGAUGAGCUCCUCCCUCUUUACAAGAAACAAGUCGACUACAUCAUGCAGGAGUUCAAUGAUGCAGUUCAGAGGGCGGACAGACUGUCAACUGCGAGAGACAACUUCCUUACAGGAAAAAGCAAUCCUCCCACCCUCGUGACACCGGAAGACCUGACGAUUUACACCAGGUGGUUAGUGUGCCACCUGUACUCGCUCAGGACCAUCCAUCACUACCUGCAGGCUCUCCAAUGCUUGCCCAUCUCCAGAGUGCUGCAGAGUCUGGCUCAUAACCGAUGCUCUGAAUCCAGUGAGGAACAAGAAAAAGCCUGUGUUGGUGACCUUAACUCUGGAUCUCCUGCUCCUACGGAUGCCAGCAUUUCAGGGCCAGGAAGAAGAGAUGCUGCCUGCGUCCUGCCGCAGCAUGUGACCGAGAAGGAAGAAGUGAAACCCCAGCUGAGGCACCUGCUCUCGCAUUUCCACAUCCCCUACGACUUAGAAAAGCUGAGUGACUCUGCCGAGGAGAUGGAACUCUUUUCUUUGGUUUCUCAGAACUUCCAAAGCAUCUUCACGGAGCAACAAAGGAUGCGAACAUUCCAAGACUACGAGGCUGGGAGAGCUAAAGUGCAGAAUUUGUCAGGACCUGCCACUACCCUGAAAAAGAGAGCCGCCUGGGUUCCCUUCGUGAAGGUCAAGCCGAAAUGUGAUCCUUGGCAGAAGAGGAUGUUAACCAGACUCAAAGAACGGAAGAGAAGAGACGAGCUGAUGCAACUCCAGUCACAGGUUUUGAAGAUUUCUGACCCUGUGAAAGUCUUGCAAGUGCUCCAGGACCAUGCUGAGAAGACAGUGACUAUGGUUCCACAUCGCUCAUCUUUCACAACUUCUCAGGCUUUGCAUCCGUGCAACUAUGAUCAAGUCUGGCAGAAUAUUUAUAGCAACACCAGGCUCUACCAGCACAAAAAUGUGAAGGAUGAUGGUCUCUUGGUGGAACCCAGCAACGACAACGACAUUGCAAAAAUACAUCUCAGCCAAAGCUCUGAUGGGUCUCUCAAGCAGAAACCAGAGACAGGAUACAACUAUGCCGUGACCCUCCAGCUUCUGGGCUUGAGUGAUGGGAUGGAGCCUGACCAGAAUCCUGUCCUGCUGAGAGGGGCCUAUUUAUCCUUCCUGUGUCUGCGCCACCUGCACAUCCGGGAGCUACAGCGCACCUGUCUAGGAGUUCUUAACUACUUCAGAUCUGUGGAGCGAACUUUGACAAUUAACACUUCAGGCCUUACCUUGGUUUCAGGGAACCUGGUCCCCACCGUGAGAGAUAAUUCUUGGAUAAAUAUGGCAAAAGGAGGCUUGGGCACCUUGCAAGGCCUAGGAGCUCACCACUAUGUCCAUGGGACACCUGCUGAGCACAAGGUCCAUGGCGGGCAAUUCCUGGAGUUCUCAGAAGCUGAAAAUCAGGAUGAUUUCCACAGCAUACAAGCUGGCUGUGUCCACACUCAGGACCAGCUCGGCCUGUAUGUCAUGUAUGACAACGCCUUGCAGGAUCUGAUGGAGCUGGAGUCAGAGCUGCUGCUUAUUGCCAGCCAUUUCAUUGAGAAAGAAAAAAGUCACAGAGAGGAUAGCAAGUCAGAGAACAGCCAGUGCUGGGACUGGGCUCAUGCCAGUGUGGACAGAUUUGCCGUGCUGUAUGACCUGUGGACCUGGGAAGUGAAUCUUCUAGAGAGCAAACGCCAGCUUCUUGAUAGUUACCUUGAAGCCUACCAGCACACGUUGGACCCUGAAGAGCGGUUCACUUUGGCACAAGCAAUGACUGACAUUAUGCACCGGCGCCCCAAGUUUGAUCUCAGCCACUCGUAUUUCACCAAGGCCUACCAAGAUGACUGUAUGUGCCUGAGGCUUCACCGGCAGCUAGUGAGGGGCAUUCUCAGCCACCACCUAGAGCAGCAGAGGGAAUAUGUCCAGAGGCUCUGGCGAAGGGACCAUUCUGCGGCUCACAAGACAUUUGGACUUCCCCUGAACAUAAUUUGCAGGCAGUUUGUUUCCAACAACAACAGCUGCCCAGCCUCCGAAAAUGUCCAUCUGUUGGAGUUCCACCCUUCUCUUGGCCUGGUUGGACUCAUCCCCAAAGCCCUGGAGCACCUGUUGCGUGAGGCUCGCCACGCCCACAAGCCUGCAUCACCCAGUGGGCUCGCCCAGCUAGAACAACGCGUCUUACAGCUUGCCCUGGACCUGUGGCUCACCUCAGCCAGGCCCGAGAACUGGUACAGCACACAACUCCAGAGAGAUCUCUUUUCAGCUAAAGUGAUGGGGGACCCCUUCCUCGUGGAGGAGGUGGGCCUGCUUGCGCUCAGGUCUGCGGUGGACGAAGGGCAGAAACAAGGCCAAGAUUUCCAUGCAUUGCUCCUGGAGACGUUUUCGAAACUUCUGGAACUCCUGACCCUCCGUCACCGGCUGAUAGAAAUGAGUGUGGAGAGUGCGUACUUGGCUCGGCUAUAUAAGGAACUGGCACAGGAGAUGGGUUUUGAAGAAUUCCAUUUGUAUCUGAGGCCUGUUCCCUUCGAGUCUGCAUCUCACAAGGACAAGGUGGACCCGCCCCCUCCAGUCUUUAUGACUUCCUUGCUGGAGGACAGCAGUCGAGUAGACAGAUACUCCCCCACCACCCUCGUCUUAGCCGUCUCUGAGCUGGAUGAUAACCAAAUUGGCAAGUUCAGUUUUUAUACAAAAGACGCCAUCCUCAAGCUCUUGCUCCAUUCAGGAGUGGAAAAUAUGCAAGUGGCCCUCGCAUGCCAAACUGCUCAGAAAAAUGCUCUGGUGGUGGCCGUUCAACAGGUGUCCUUCUAUGACAUCCCUGGAGUAGACAGUCCUGUGGAUAGCAAGGAAACAAGUUCGGCUCUUAGGCAUCAUGGCGGAAUGAGUCCAACCCGAAGAGAUUCCAGAACUUUGAACAGCAUAGAGUGCUUGCUAUCGGCCCCAACUCCAAAAGCUCCAGACACACUUACUCAUUCUUCCGAAGGAUCUAAGACUACCAAAAGGGCUCCAGAGGCCUUUGUGUCUAUUCAGCUAGAAAAGAUGGGUUUGCGGGACGUGAUGCUGAACACCUUCCUGAGCAGAAAACAGAAAACGAGUGACAGAAUGGAGAGCCCUGAUGACAUUGAAAAAGUCAAGAGGGAACUAAUAAUUGAGUAUUGCCAAAAGCUGAACGGCCACAUGUCCCACUCUGCCCUUCGGGGUCAGAUCAUGGUGUACUGCAAUAGCCUGAGAGUUCUGCUGGACGACUUCCCUACCAUCAGGGACACCUUCUUCAUGGUGGGACAGCCAAAUGAAAAGAAAGGCUUGAAGGACUCCGGUGGGGAAUUCAAGGUGGACCCCAGGAGUUUUCAGCCUCGGCCUCGAAGUCUGCUGUCGGCUGACGGAAGAGUCUUCCUCAACUUAUGGUUUAUUCCCCAUCCUUCCGAAGUGCUGUUUAUGUUCAAAACGCUGCCAGAAAAGGCAGCUUUUAGAGCCCUGAAGCUGACUCUCCAGCUGGUAGCUUCUCUCCACGACAUUGUGGCCUACCUUUUCAGUUUUGCCAAACUUGGCAAUUACCCAGCACGCUUCGAUGCUCCUCUAAGCCCUCACCCUGUGAGGAGUGACUGGGGAGGCGCCGAGGGUAUUGGGGCUGAGCUUCAAGGACUGCAGAAAAUGAUUGACAGUCUCCAGAGCCCCCAGGACCCGAGCCAGGUGGCCCAGGCCCUCCUCCUCCGAAGGGAGGUGACAUGGCUUCAGUUUGAUGCUGCAAUGAGACAUCUCCUCCGAACACUUUUGGCAGCAGGAAAUGCUCCCGCCUACCAGUCUGUCGCAGAAGGUGUGUGCCAUGGUUUGCCACCACUGAGCAACUCUCUCGGGAGGAGCAUCUUUGCUUCACAGCUCAGGCUGCCCCAGCCGCUGCAUCCACGGGACCUCCAGGCAUUUACAAUGUUCCCAUGGAGGGCGUUUCUGGAAGAUGGUGGACCAUUUCCAGCUAUGAGCAGCAUCCCAAACACCUUAGAGUAUGAUAUGCAGAUGUGUCUCUGCGGGCUGAGUGACCGUGACCGCAAAGUGGCCCAUGGAGAGCUGGUGGGUGUGCAGACGCUAAUGGAAGAUGUACUGCUGAGCAGCUAUCACGUGAUCACGGAGGCGUCUCCUGAAUGGCAAGCCAUAUUGGGCAAUAUCCAGCCAGAUUGGUCCAAACUGUCAGAACUCUGCCUGAGUCAGUCAGAAAGUCGCCCAAAGGCCUCUGCGUUGCUGGAUCGCCCCUGUGAUGCAGUGAUGUCCCUUGCUCUGAUGAAGUCCUUCCUCAUCCUGUGGAAGCAGCUGGAAGUGCUGAAGGAACACUGGGGCCAACUCAGGCUUCAAGGCCAGGAGAUCAACUCUGCCCCGCUCUACAAACAGUUCUCAGAGAUCUAUGAAGCCGACAUUUUCCACCCCAGCAUGAAAGCAUUAGCCAGGCAGAUGGGCAAAGAGGAUGAAUUUGAAGAACUUAUGAUAAGAAGCCAAUCUAUUCUUCCCCCAAAGGGAGCCUCAGAAAUUGAAAUAAAAACCCAGCAGCUCCAGAAACUUCUGGAAAGUUUAGAAAUUCAUAUGAUCCAAGAGGUAUUGAGGAAAGUUAAUAAAGAGAUAACCCUGCUUCUAUCAGAAAAGUCCAAGGAGGGAUCUACCCUCCCAACAGACCUUUGGAAACACCAAGUCAUGAAAGAAAACUUUUCAGUUGUGAGACCCCAGAUAGUUGAGCGAUUUGUACAGAGAUUAAUGGAGAAGUCCCAAGACAAUGGACCUGAGAUCUCUUUCAGGAGGGAGCACCUCGAAGCCUGCCUCCUCUCCCUGGGGUGUGACGUGAUGGCUAGAGAACGCAGCAACUUUGAGACCUACUCCAUGUGUUACGAGCAUCUCCUGCAACAUGUCAGAGAGAAACUCAGUCAGAGGGAGCAGGAAGUAGAUUUGCUUCGAAAAAGUCAAGUUCCUCCUGAAGACUGUGCUGGUCAGCUUGCAGAGCUCAGUCAUGACAUGAUCAUGGAAAUCACAGCUCUGAGAGCCCAGCUCACAGAUCUGGAAGAGGAGACCCUGAAUCUAAAAAACCAGAUUAGAAAAGAAGUCCAGGAGGAAUACAGAGCGUUAGUGCAAGCUUUGUUUAUGACCUGCUUACACAUAAAGGAGAAGCUGGAUGAGAAUCAGCUUAAUUUGAUGCAGAAAGUGUGUGAGCUCAUCGGUGAGGUGAGAGCCGAAGGGAUUGCCAAUAUGAAGCAGCUAAAGAAAGCCUGGGGCUCUGCCAGACCUGACGAAGGAGCAGAAGAGAACACAGCCAAAGAGCAGCUGCGCCCCUUGGAGCAGGACAACAGCAGCGCCCUGGCUGCUCUAGAGUGCAAAGUGAGGAGCCUGGGCCGCUGGCGCCUGGCUGUGCAGGAGGCUCACCUCAGAGGUCAGCUGAGCAGGGCAGAGAAGGAAUCCACUCACAGCAAAAGAGAAUGCUUGAGAACCAAGCUAAUGGCAAAGCAAGAAGUGAAUUUGCUUCAGCAGCAGCUGCUGGCCUGGCGGCAGGCCCUGGCCGCAGCUCAGACUGAUAACAGGAAGCUGCGGCGGCAGCAGGACACCCAGGCUCAACUGCUGAGGGAGUUGGGACACAGAGUGACUCAAGACUCUGUCACUCGGCAGCAGGUGGAGAGCCUAAAAACAUCUGGCCUGCAGAAGCUCCUAGAAGACGUGGAGCAGAAGGAGCACCAGCUGCAGCUCCUGACGGAAGAGGCCGAGCGGGCUUCAAGACUGGGCCAGCUGCAGUGGAGGAAGAUGGGCAGAGACCUGCAGCAGAUGAGAAGCCGGCUUGCUCAGGAGCGCAAUGUGAAGCUAGAUGCCUUCCAACGCGUACGGGAGCUCCAGAGUCAGCUUCAUGACAUGGAGCAGUCAUCUCUCCAGAUGGGCUCCCCAAGUGGGUUUAUAUCCCAGACCCACUGCUCCCUAAACUCUGCGUCAGCAUUAUCCAGAUGUUCUCACCAACGUUUUCCCAAGACUGAUCUUCUAGGCAGUAAAAUGACAGGAAGGCUUCGAAGACCCAAGACUGUACCAAUGAAGCACAAAGAAAGGACUGAUGAGGGUUUUCUACCCAAUGUGGCAGAAAAUGUUCAGCUUACAUCUUUUCAAGUCCAAACAGCUCCGCCCAGGAUUUCAUUCAGACCUGAUAGCUUUUCUUCUCGGCAUGGGGCAGACAAUAUUGAAGAACUGAGAUGAAUUCAUCUCAAGUGUCCAGAUGAAGCCAGAUUUGGUCCCAGAUCUGAAAACAUCCGAGCACUGGUGUGCGUCCUACAAGCUCUUUCCGGUUCCUGGCUGCCCAGCAGUCUCUCAGUUUCAGUUUUGAGUAACAGGUAGAUAGAGGGUGGUCCAAGAUAGAGGGCCUUGAUGCUGUGCUCUCCUUACUAAGAAGUGAAGACCCAGGCCUAGUGCUGGGUCCUUUGUUAAGAGUGCUGGCUGCUCUUAGGACCCCUAUUCAGUCCCAGCUCCCACUUGGCAGCUCAGUUAUCUGUAACUUUAGUUCCAGGGGAUCUGAUGCCCUCUUCUGGC